GCCGUAUCAAUUUACGGCAACAUGGCAGCCUGCUAACAAGAGCUGUGAUUCCCUCCGCUCUGACCGUCAGACUCUUAAACUUCAUCAUGGAGCCAGACACCGACAGCACGAGACCGGCUGGUCGGUAACGGAGGGCUCGGGAAGGUGAUGACGAUGAUGAUGUGUUUUCGGAGGAUUGCUAAUGUUCGCUCUCUGGUGUCGCCGCGAUCUGCGGGUGUGUGCUGGCUCGAGCCUGCGUCAUGGCGGCACAGACAAACACCUGUCACUGAGUGCGCGAGGCUAAAGCGGUCUCAGGUGAGCGGCUCGUGGCUCGUCAGACUCAAAGGGACGGACAGCCGCGUCGGGUGCUGGAGUGGGAUCCUCCCGCAGGUAAAACCGACAGGCUGGCACGAGCAAGGUACUGUGCUUCUGUACCGGGGAGGUCACGAGAGGUCAGCGGCUAGCUUCCGGUCUCUGCUGUCACCCAAUGCUCGUGGGCUUUGCAGCGGAAAGAAGGAGACACCGGACAGCUCCCCGGCAGCGGACCGGCCUGAAGCCGGUGCGGUACCUGGACAAGGACUGUUCAAGUUCAAAGAGCUGUAUGAGAACCCAUGGACAAUCCCCAACGUGUUGUGUGUUUGCCGGAUUUUGCUCGCUCCAUUCCUGGGUCACCUGAUCAUCCAGCAGCACUUUCACCUCAGUCUGGCUCUGUUUGCACUUGCUGGCGCAACUGACCUGUUGGAUGGUUACAUUGCCAGAACGUGGCCAACUCAGAAGUCGGCGUUGGGCAGCGCUCUCGACCCUUUGGCUGACAAAAUUCUUGUCAGUAUUUUAUAUGUCAGUCUCACCUAUGCUGAACUCAUACCAGCUCCACUGACGGCUCUAGUGAUUUUCAGAGACAUUGGUUUGAUAGCUGCUGUCUUCUGGGUCAGAUACAAGACCGUACCUCCACCGGUGACACUCAGUAAAUUUUUUAACCCCUGCUACACCACAGCUCAGCUCAAACCCACACUCUUCAGCAAGGUAAACACAGCCAUCCAGCUCUUUCUGGUCGCAGCCUCUCUAGCUGCUCCAGUCUUCCAGUAUACAGACAGUGUCCUGCUGCAGUGCAUAUGGUAUGUAACAGCGGUGACAACUGCGGCGUCAGGCUAUAGCUACUGGCACUACGGGCGCAAGACUGUCCAGGUACUGAACACCAGAUCGCCAUGACAGCCACACCAGGAAACACCCAGAGGCCAGAACAAAAGCCGGGAAUAGCCACCGCAGAGACUCUGAUCGUCCGUGGCAAAAGUCGGACGGACAGAUGGACGAUCGCCAAGAGCAUUGAAACCAAGUAGCUGUGACAACCGUUCGUGAGUCACCGUGGCAAUGACACGUGGAAACCAACCAAGGCCGCAGAUGGUGUACUGCGAAACACUACAGAGACGCCUAACAACAGCUCUGCUGACUGGCUGUGGACAACAUACACAGAUAGAAACAGCUAACACACACACACACACACACACAACUAUACACACACAUGUCAAGUAUAUGUCAAGUGAUCAGGCAAGAGCUUCUAUUUUUUCUUAGUUUUUCAAUCAAGAGGUUGUGAUGUCAACCCAAUCAGUGUCACAUGAGUGUCAGUUUUGUAAACCAAUGAUUUAUGAUUAAAAAAAAAAAAAAAAGAAGAGAAAAUCA